AUGCGGGAUUCCGAAGAGGAGAAGCGUGCUACUGAGGAGAAGCGUGCCACCUCAACGACCCUAAACGACGACGACCUCUGGUCGAGGGUCAACGCCGCGCCGGUGUCGGCGUUUCUCGCGGUCGCGGAGGCUGAGCGCCGUCGCAACGGAGUCGCCCCGCCUCUCAUCCGGGAGGAGACAGUCGCGCGUGCCAAGCGGGGCGGGCGGGGCGGCGGGAGGAAAAAGGGAAGGGCCGCCUGCAGGUGCCACGGCCUCGAGCAGCUCGACGUCGAUGCGUUCAUAGCGCACCUGACGAUCGGGCCGGACUCCCUCGGGGGUAAGGGCCAGUGCGAACACCGCCUGGACGUGCCCGCGAGGCCCACGCGGCUGGCGCCCGAGGGUUCCCCGCCCCCCGCGCUUCGCCCGGCUACCGUCGCCGCGCUCGUCGCGUCCGGCGUCCCUCUCCACGACGCGGACCACGCGCGCCUGCGGCUCUUCUCGCACCAGCACGAGGGCAUAUGCGCGGCGCUGCGGGGCAAGAACGUGUGCGUCGCCACCGGCACGGCGAGCGGUAAAUCGGUGUGCUACAACGCCCCGGUGCUCGAUUCUCUCCUGCACGACCCGGACGCCACCGCGCUGUACCUGUUCCCGACCAAGGCGCUGGCGCAGGAUCAGAUUCGUGCGCUGAGGGUCAUGCUCGACGGCGCCGCCACCUACCUCGGCGAUCACGCGGCACCCAUCGACGUCGGUGUGUACGACGGCGACACCCCGGAGACGGAGCGAACUCGCGUUCGCGCCGAGUGCCGCCUCGUCAUCACCAACCCCGACAUGUUACACGUCGGCCUCCUGCCCCAGUACAAGCGGUGGGCCCGGGUGUUUAAGGGACUCAAGUACGUGGUGCUCGACGAGGCGCACGUGUACCGCGGCGUGUUCGGCUCGCACGUGUCCCUCGUCGUUCGAAGGCUUCGGAGGAUAUCGCGGGAGCUGUACGGCUCGGACCCGAGGUUCAUCGUGACGAGCGCCACGAUCGCGAACCCCCGCGAGCACGCGGUGGACCUGUGGGAGGUCAUCGACGUGGACGGUUCGCCGUCGGGGGAGAAGACGUUCCUGAUGUGGAACCCACCGGCGCCGAGGUCGUCGCCCAUAGUGGAGGUUGCCGCCCUGUUGGCGGAGUGCGUCCGCCACGACUUGAAGUGCAUCGCGUUUUGCAAGACCAAGAAGCUGUGCGAGCUGGUCCUGCGGUACUGCAGGGAGAUCUUGCGGGACACCGGCGCGGGUCACCUCGCCGACUCGGUCGCGGCGUACAGGGGCGGGUACGCCGCGGUCGACAGGCGCGCGGUGGAGGGGGCGCUCUUCGGCGGGGCGCUGCGGGGCGUGGCGGCGACAAACGCGCUCGAGCUGGGCGUCGACGUGGGCUACCUCGACUGCACCCUGCACCUCGGGUUCCCGGGCACCGUGGCGUCGCUCGUGCAGCAGUCGGGGCGGGCGGGGCGGCGCGGGAGGCGGGCCCUGGGGGUCUACGUCGCGUUCGACGGCCCGCUCGACCAGUACUUCAUGCGGGAUCCCGCUAGGCUGUUCGAGAGGCCGAUUGAGCGCGCGGCGGUGGAUCCGCAAAAUUUUAAAAUCAUGCGAGCGCACGCGCAGUGCGCGGCGCACGAGAUUCCGCUCGACCCGCGCGUCGCCGAGGAUAACAGACCGGGCGGCGGCGGCGGCGGCGGUGGCGGCGGUCCGGCGCCCGAUGCUCGGCUCGUCUGGUGCGGCGGGCUCGUGAGCGACGGGGAGCGGGGCCCGGCGAACGGCGUGAGCAUCCGCACGAUAGAGGAGGAGCGCUACCGCAUCGUGGACGAGGCCUCGGGGCGGGUCAUCGAGGAGGUGGAAGCCUCCAAGGCUUUCUGGGAGGUGUACCCCGGAGCCGUCUACCUGAACCAGGCGCGGACCUACCUGUGCAAAUCCUUGGACGUCGAGUCGAGGACGGCGCGCGUCCGCCUCGCGGACGUCAAGUACUUCACGGGUACCGUAGACGCCACCACGGUGACGCUCGUGCAACACGGCUCGCAGCGACACGCGUACCCUCACAGGCCGGGCCCCGCGCACCGGCGCCCGCAGUUUCCGGGCACCACCGCGCAGUGCGCCGAGUGCGAGAUAAAGGUCACCUUCUCGGCGUACCACAAGAUCUGGCAGGGCACCGGGCGCGUCUUUGACACCGUGUCGCUGAAUUUGCCGGAUGUGACGUAUAAAACGAGGGCGGCUUGGAUUCGAGUCCCCGACGGCGCGAGACGAGAGUGCGAGGAAUCGGGCGUUGAUUUCCGAGCCGGCGUGCACGCCGCGACGCACGCCAUGAUCAACGCCCUCCCCCUGUUUCUCAUGGUGAAUCAGAGCGACGUGGGCGCCGAGUGCGACGACCCUCAGCGCGGGCACUACAAGCCCACGCGGAUCUUGAUCUUCGACAGGCAGCCCGGGGGCGUCGGCAUCGCGGAGCGCGCGGCGCCCGUGUUCCCGCGGCUGCUCCGAGCCGCGAUUGAGCUCAUCGAGGAGUGUCGCGACUGUCGCGGCGACCGCGCGGGGGUCGCGAAGGGGACGGGUCCCGACCCCCCGGGGGACGGGUCCCGAGGACGGCGCGAGGCUGACGGGGAGGGAGGACCGGAUUCCGCCUCGCAAACCCCGGCUUCGCAAACCCCGCGGGAUCAAUCGGGUUGCCCCGGGUGCGUGCACUACCUCGCGUGCGACGUGUACAACGUGUCGUUGGACAGGCUCGCCGCGCUCGUCGUCCUCCGGUCGAUCGUGAACGCGGAGGAGGGGACGUUCGGAAGUUUUGAGGACGCCGCCGGUUCAGAUCUGACGGCGGCGGGGGACGGGCGCGGGUGUUGCGCAAACGGACGACACGGAAACGUGGGGGCCUGACGCUCGUCGGGUGGGAGCGCGGAAAUCACGUAACGUUAUAGCUGAAAUAAACAGACGGUGUUUACUUACUAGCUAAGUGUAGUAAGUUGGGUGAAGUCACUCAGACGUCGCCUUCGACUCCGGUCGCAGCUUCUUCUUGAGCUCGAGCGCCAGGGAUAACGGGUCCGGCGCUGACGGGAACGCGGAUAGGUAGAGCUGCGCCGCUGAUCGCACCGGCAGCUGCUGCAGCAGAUCCUGGAUGCCGUCCUUGUACAUCAACAUUUCCUUUCUGAGGGAAUCCAUGAUCACGCGGCUGUCCUCCGCGUAGGGCCCCUCCUCCUUGGUAACCUCCGAAGCCGGAAUACCGUACACCGUGUGCGGCACGUCCGCGGUGAGCUUGGUAUGUUCGUACUUCUGAAUCAUACUGUAGCGGACCAUCCCAAUCCUUUGAAACUCGUCCGUGUACGACUCGAACCAGUCCACGAUGAUUUCGAGAUCUUUGGGCGGCAGCUCGUUCUGGAGCUUUGUGAGAACCUCUUGGGUGUUUUGCGACUGCAUGCUCGCGUCCACCACGCUCUUGGCGAGCAGCGCGCACGACGUCCUGCAUGCCGCCCUGAGGUCAAGCCCUUUGCUCGCCGCGUCCUUCUCCAUGUUCUCGGCUGAUCUCGUCAUCGUGGAGAUCACCGCGAGCUCGGACCUGGACUCUCGAGCGACGCUCACGACGUUGGAGAUGGCGUCGAUGGCGCUCCUCAGAUUGGAGUCGUUCGCGCCCACGUCCACGAGAUCGCGUAUGUUGCGAACCGCCUUGUUGUAAACCUCCGUGACCCCGCCCCACCAGAUCUCCGCCUCUGUGUAAUUCUUAAACUUGCCAGUGGCUGACGGCCCAUCCACCCCGCGCUUUAGCGCCUCCGACGCCUCGAUGAUGAAGGUGAGGUGACCCUCGCAUCCGCUGCCGUCCCCGCUGUCGGUUUUCAGUCCCUUCGAAUCCCGGCUUCUCCUCGCGGCGUCCUCGCGGAGCAUUCGUUCGGUGAACUCGGGAUCCCCGUCGCCCGGCGCGACGGCGAACGGCCGCAGAAGCGUGGUGGUGUCGUCGUCCGAGCUCCUCCCGCCUUCGGUGGUGGUGGUGGCCGCGUCGGGGGGGGUGGAGUUGCCGCUGCCGGAGGCCUCCUUCAGGUCGGUCCCAUCCCCGCGCCGCGCCUUCUCCCUCUCGAGUUCCUUCACCUUCUCGCGGAGGUCCUCCACCUGCUUCUCGAGGUCGAGCAUGCGGUUCUUCUUCCGCUCGCGGUACCUCUUCUGCACCUCCGCCUGAUUGAGGUUUGCGCGCCCGCGCUUACCCACGGCCGUGCUCGUCGUCUCCGCCUUGCCGUCGAUCUUCGGGUUGAAGGCGCCGGAUCCGUCGCCGGAUCCGUCGCCGGAUCCGGUCCCGGUCCCGGUCCCGGUCUGCGCCGGGACCCGCACGUCGCGCACGUCGGGGGCGCCAGGGCUGACUCCGUACAGCGAGGCGAGAUCGUCGGGGUUGCCCAGGUCGAAUUUGGAGUAGAU